UUGCUGUAUGACCAGCCGUCCAACAGAUUUAACAGGGGAUUUAGUUUUCCAGGAGGGAAAAAAGGUUGAAGGAGAGUACUAGGAUGUGGAUCCUCAUAUUGCAGGGCGGCGAUGUUCUGAUGAAUUCUAGGUACUAUGUGGUCUCUAUAUACGACGAUCCUGAGCUCUCACGAGUGCACUUCGCUGCCUAUGAGCUAGGGCGGGAUCUUACCUACACCCUGACAUACACCUACUCCGAUUUCGACGAGUUAUUUAGGUUCAACGCCGAGUUGAUGAACCCGAAUAAUACUGACGCGAGAUUUCACUGGGUUGUGGAACGCCUCGACUUCAUAGUACAGGACUACCUAGGGAACAAGGUGGGAUGGCCCACGACACGAUGGAAGUGAUUGGAAACCAUCUUACUAACACAUUCUGGUACUGUGCCUCGCUCCGGAACCCACGGCUGCCGGGAUAGCUGAUAUGGCUGGAGAACUGAAUAUGUCUCAGCGGGGAGAAUCUUAUCGACGAGAUGGCUCCUCUUCCACUUACUUUGGAGAACCGAAAUCGGAACCCACGCUCACGCAACAACAGAAUCAGCCUCUCAAGAGUGAUGACUCAGGCUUAUAUGUUGAUAUGAUGAAAAGUGAGGGUGUUCGGAAGGAAUUCCUUGCGGAGGUUCAAGGUAGACGAAGGCUCGAGCAGUUAAAAGCUGAACAGAGAUUGAUUAAGUUGGACGAAGAUCGAGCUAAUCGAUUGGCUAAGAUGCAGUUAGAGAACCAACUCAUGCAGCAGAAGGCAUUGAAAUACAAGGCAGAGUCCGCAAGUAGGAAGCAACUUGUGGACGAGUUGGAGGAACUGAUGAUCAAAAAGCAACAGGAAGAGAUUCAACGACUGUUGAGGGAAAAGGCUGCUGCGGAGAAGGACAAGCAGGCCAGGAUUGAAAGUUCGCAGGGUCGGCAACAAUGCAAAGAGUCGAACUUAGAAGAGGACCGUGUUAAAGAGGUCGAGCGGAAAGCGAUGCUUGAUGCCCGCAGAGCUGAAGUGACUUUGCAACGGGCCAAUGCCUUGAAGCAGCUGAACAAGGAAAUUGUUGACAAACGGCAACGGCAGAUAAACGUUCAAGAACGGCUGGAAGCGUCGAGAAACAAUAAUGAGGCUGCGAGAGAGCGGUAUCGACGGGAACGAGAGAGGAAGCACAUCAUUGAGGACGUGCAAAAACCAUUCUUACUCGCAGAGGAUAAGCAAAGGGCCGCUAUCAAGCUGCAAAAGGAAAAGAAGCUGGAAGAUGCCCGGGCUGCGGCCCAUGAACGGGCGGUGCUCAAGGAACGACUUGCCAGUAUGGACACUGUGAGACAAAGCAACAUAAAAGCGAAGGAUGAGGAUCGCGAGCGGCGGAUGAAAGAACAGGCCCUGAUGGGAGGGUCGGAAAGUCUGAGCUUGGACGAUCCAUUUUUUACGGCAGGAUCGAGAAAGGUUGAGACUCACGGAAAUGGCGCGCCACAGGGCUAUGGUUUGGUCCGAAUGGAGGAGGUCCUUGCGAAGGACCACGAGAACCCAAGAGACAGGAAGUCUGCGAAUGAUGCAGAACACAAGAACUGUCAUAAGGAGCGAGAAAUAACAGAAGAUAGACGGGAGCAAGAAACUCUACAGAAGGGUUUGAAAUACAGAGAGAUGGAGGAAGUUAGACGACUUGAGGAGUGGAAAGCCUCUGAACAGCAGCGCAAAGAAAAGAGGGCCCUUAUACGAUCCGAACUGGAAAGAUGCCGCGACGAAACCGUUCGGGCCACACAGGCUAAGAAAAUCUCCGAUUAUGAGAUAACGAACCGCUUAGAAAAGGCCCGUGAGCAGAAGGAGAAAGAGCGAGAAACUACUCGCAACUCACAGUUACAUACACGACUUCGAAGUGUUUCAAAUGCUAUGGCCAUCCCACACUUGAUUGCUUGA